UAUCCAGUACUCAUUUAGAAACUAUUGGGACUGAGAGAUCUCAAUUUGAAGCAUCGGCAACGCCGAGGAAUCAACUCGAAAGUACAGGAACGUUGCAAGGUUAAUAUGAAAGUACGGGAAUUGCCAACAAUAUGGAGCCGGUAGGAAUAUCCAGUACUCAUUUAGAAACUAUUGGGACUCAGAGAUCUCAAUUUGAAGCAUCGGCAACGCCGAGUAAUCAACUCGAAAGUACAGGAACGUUGCACGGUCAGUAUGACAAUUUGGGAACAGCCAACAAUAUCGAAACGGGAGGAAUAUCCAGUUCUCAUUUUGAAGGUAUACGGACACAGGGAUCUCAAUUUGAAACAUUGGGAACGCCGAGCAAUCAACUCGAAAGUACAGGAACGUUGCAAGGUCAAUAUGAAAAUUUGGGAACGGCCAACAGUAUCGAAACGGGAGGAACAUCGAGCUAUCAACAUGAAACUCAAAGCAGUCAACUCAACACGAUAGGAACAAACAAAGAUCCGUUUGAAGCAACAAAUGUACAAACAAAACAACACGUAUCGCUGGGAUCAUCAACUGUUAUCGAUGCACGGGAGGCUACUCCUACAAAUAUUGAACCUAACUACAACAUUCCAGGUGUUGACGAGCAAUUAAAGGGUGGAAACUCACGUUCGAUAAACUCUGGCAGUACAAUGAUGUCAGUAGAUAAUCUGUCUAUGGGAACUGCAUUGGACAAUACAAAUACAGGAAAUCAAGCGGCGAUGCCAUUGCAAUCAGGUAAUAGUGAAACGGCGAUCUCUUCCCACUCUCAGGGAGUUCUAUCAGUGACGUCAUCCAACCUACAGACCGAACCGGUAGUGACGUCAGUCGACUCUCUAACAUAUCAAACCAAACCGGAUACAGGCUCCAUGUCCGAUAAACUUCGACUGAGCGACCAGGAUGCAAUGACUAUCUACACGCUUAUAAAACAACUGAUCGACAAGGCUGGAAGACCAGACCUCGUUCCUGUACUUAACUCUAUCAUCACAAGCGGGAAGGACAUCGCACGCUCCAAACUUAUGAAAUUCCUGGAUAUCAUCAGUUCACUGGUGACAAGAAAACAACUCCUUACAAUUACUAACAUAAUGACGUCGGCUGGUGAUGGUGGGAAUUACCGUACAGGUCAGCUCGGCACGGAUUUGUUGAGCACAAACAUGGAAACAAAAGCUGAUACCACAGGUACGUCUUCGAUCGGGAAUAAUUCAAAUAGUGGGGGUGUUGCUAAUCAAGCUGGAUCGUCAGGGUCUGUUGUAACCACUGUCACCACUCAUUUCUCCAAUCAGGGUCAAAGUUCAAACGGACGGCAAACAAAUACAGACAUCGGUCCAAAUAACAUAUUAGGUGAGGUUGGUACGGGUCAAACAAAUGCCGAUGGUUUGGUCAUUUCUGGAAAUACACAUACUCUUGAAACUUCGCACAGCACAUCAACGACCGAAGUGAAGAACCCCUCAAUCACUGGUCAAGCAUCACUGGGACAAAAUGUAGAUGUCGUUAAUACUGGAACGUCAGUUAAUAACGUGUUUAGGAAUGCAGGCACUUUGACCACAACUACCGGGGAACAUUCGCAUAUGAGCACCGAAACACAGCCUGUAUCAGUUGGGAAACAUUAUUCAGACACUCUUACAUUAAAUACUGUACCUCAAGACGGUAUGUCUGGAACUAGUACUGGGAUUGCCGAGAGUACUACGUCAAUACAUAAUGCCAUUCAGUCGUCGACGUCUUCAACCUCAAAUAAUGUGACACCUGUUUACACUGCAGAUAUGCAAAGCGGUGGCAGCAAUUUUAUGUCGACCGAGACUGUCAACAUGUUCGAAUCAUCAUCAGGAGUUUCUGGUAGCACCGUGGUUCCCGGGAUCGGAGAGCCUGCCGGAAUGAACAGCAGAGCAGAAGGAACCGUUAAUACCUAUGACACAACGGGAGCAAACAGCAAGCUAGAGAGAGGUUCCUCAUCUACUACAUUCGAGGCAACACAUAUGGGUAUAAUGGGAAGCAGUGCUCCAGCAACGUCAGAAUCAAUUGCUUCCUCAAAUACUGCAUCGCAAGAUAUCAUAACAAGAUCUGAAGUUCCGGUAGUUGCUAAUGGUGCCAGUUCGGUAUCUGAAAACAAUAACGUCCUUCUUCAAACGCCCGAUCCGUCAACUAGCUCAGCAAGCGGCUCUGAUACCAUAUUAGAGUCGACAGGCGCAGGCUAUGUUACCCACGGUCUGCCCCAAGGUGGUGGGUUUGUCGCCGUGGAUGCGCUGGGUGUCGAAGGAAACAACCUAGUUGUGCCAGGAACACAAGCGGCGCCUCUGAACACUGGUCUAAAAAGCGAUUUAUAUACUUUAGAGUCUUUCAACUCGAACAAUGGGUUGAAUACCAUAGUCACAUCUGGGGAGAACACUGCCAGAAAUACGGGGACAAGACGCGGUAGUCUAAACAUUAGCGAUAAAGUUAGACAAUCUACCACUUUGUUAGAGAAAUCAAGUUCCAGUGUAAGUAUCCCUCUUGUUGCUGGCAGGGUUAGUGGACUAAACGAUGUACACAAUCAGGGGCUAUAUACAAACACGGAAACAAUCGGAAACACGGGUGAAAUAGCUAAUGCAAAUACCGGAAGUGGCAUCUCGCACAGAGAAGGAUCUGAGGCAAUUGUGCAUUCGUCAAGAACAAGCACUGAUUUGGACGCAGUCUCAUCACCAGUCAACUCUAACCAAGUAUUCGAUACAGCGUCGCUUACAGAGAUGACGAGUCAAUUUGCUGCUGGAAGUACGUCACUCGCGGGUGCUGGGACAGAUGCUGGAAAUAAGAAUCUUGGAGAUUCGUCGCUCAUAGGUGUUGGAGAUUCGACGUUAAUACAAACCGGAAGUCCAAUAGAUAGCCGAAUAACGCUCACCGAAACUGAAAGUAAGUCAACGGGAGGAACCUGGGAGUCUGGGGCUCCAACACUUACUGAAACUGCAAGUAAACAAAAUAGCGGUUCAACGAUCGUAGGAACUGGAAUUCCAACUCAAAGAGAAGCAGUAGGCUCUUUAAUUAGUGGUUCAACAAUUAAUGAAGCCGGCACUCAGAAACAAAUGACAUCUGCAGGCAGCGCUUCUUUGAAAUCUCAAAAAGGGAGUGCAGCUAGAAACUUUAGGGAAAUCCAUUCUUCUCCGUCCAACUUUGGUAAAGGAGUGCUUGAUACGUUGGCGAACGGUAAUGCAGUGAUGCAAAAACAUAACCUCUUCACAGGCUAUAAUGAUGGCAUGGUUGACAUAAACACGAAUAUGUUGGAGUUUGUGCCCAAACACAACGCCUUCACAACGUCCAAUUUAAUUUCCGUGAAAACUUUACCAAGCACUGGUAAUACAAUUUCAAAUGCUGGUAGUUCCUUGAUGCCUGGACACAACAUUGAUGGGUUUCAAACUGGAAUUGAAACAGAUAUUCAUACGCAUACACCUGAAACCGUUCCGACAGGACCAUUUACAGAAGGUUCAUCGCUGUCAACGACAGGUCAGUUUAAUGCCAUAUCGACACAAACAGAAACGGGAAGUCAGUUAAAUGGCGGAUCAACACUUACAGAUACCGGAAACCAGUUCACAGGCGGAUCAGUACUGACGGAUACCGGAAGUCAUUUUUCGGGUGGAUCAACGCUGACUGCGACUGGAGGCAAAUUACAUAGUGAAUCAAAACCAGCAGAGACCGGAAACCAGCAUAACAGUAGAUCAACACUAGCAGAAACUGGACGUCAGUUAGAUAGCGGGUUGACGCAGAUAAACACUGGCGGUCGAUUUAAUCAAGAUUCUACACUAACCGGAAGUCAGCUUAGUCUGACAGGGACGGCAGAUCAGUCCACUGGCAGAUUAAAUGACGUUUCAACACUGAUACAGACAGGCGGUCAGUUAACUGAAGGAUCCACGCUGUACGUGGCCGGAGGGCAAAUACAUGGCGAAUCAACAAAGGCAGGGACUGGAGGUCAGAUUUAUACCGGUUCCACAUUGGCAGAGACCGGGAGAUUAAAUGGCGGAUCCGCCCCGUCCGAGACUGGGAGUCAAAUUGACGGCAUAUCAACCCUGACAGAGGCAGGAAGCCUAUCUACCGGUGGAUCGAAGCUAACAGAGACCGGCAGCGGGUUUAAUGCAAGAUCAACGCAUACAGAAUCCGGAGGUCAAAUUGCUGGAGGUUCAACAGGAAAUGAGGCUAAGAGCGAGUUUGCUGGAUCUUCUUUAUCAACAGGACUAGGAGGACAGACUGAGAGAAUAUCGAGUCUGGCAGGGCCUGAAAAUUCAGCAGUUACAGGACCUGGGGGCUACUUUUCAGGAAGUUCGACAUUAACAGAAGUUUUAGCGGGUCAGCAUCCUGGAAGAUCAAUACGUGAUCGGGUAAAGGGACAACACAGCGGAGAAGUCGCUAUAACGGGUGUAAAUGCAUCGGCUGGAUCUGCUGAUCGUACUUCUGGGGUUUCGACUCUAACAGAAGUAAAAGAACAGUUUAACGGAAGUUUUGAUACUCCUUCAAUAUUGAAAACUAAUGAGAAAUCUACUGGGCAUUCUGGGAUUUCGUCUUUGGUUGGAGGGGGACGUAUUGGCACCAACACAGUUUUGGGUUCAGAGGCACAGAACAUAGGAGGUCUUAACAAACAGUAUGAGCAUUUGGGAGGAUCAGGUGCUGAUACUAAGGCUACCUUAUUUACUGGUACAUUUCCCAACCCUUCGUUGAAUGCUAUUGGUAGUGAUUUUGGGACAUCAAACAUAAUGAGUAACUCUCAGACCAGUUCCUCAAAUGUAAAUCGCGAACAUCUGCUGGGUAACAAUAUCCUUGCAAGUGAGGGCAUCCGACAAAAUACAGAGACGUCAUUCAUGCCACACCAGGAACCUCACAACGCAGUCAAUAGCAACACCAGAGUGAUAACACGAACGAGCAAAACCUUUUCUUCGAGGACACAAAACCCAUCAUCGUUUUCAGUCUUGCCACCUCCUCCACACAGUUUUCUCAUCCCCGCCCCAGUACAUGACCUACUUUUAAAAACCCAGAGACCUUCAACCCGAUCAUCAUCACCGUUGUCUUUCGAUCAAAUGUCUUCCGGUAGCAGUGUCGGUAACACGCUUGAACGAGCUAUAAAACGGACUAGCACGGGAUCAACACCUAUUACAAACACUCGAGUAACCACAACUUCAACACGAUCAUUCCAGCCAAACUGGUCAGAAAAUGCUCUUGGAAGUGGAAUCCAAGCGUCAAGUCAUGAUUCGAAGAAGCGAACGGGGACUAUUCGUUCGUCUUCAUCGUCAUUGGGGAACACCGCCAGCUCCUCUUUACCACAGAAAAAUGCUAAUUCGUUAUGGGAUUUUUCGAAGGAUUUGAUUAGUCGGAGACAAUUGCUGUCUAACGCCAAAGCCCUGGCAAGCAUCGGUCUCUUACGAGGUGGCGCAACUGACAUCAAUAGUAUCCUAAAUAGCUUGUCUGGUAUUGGUUCGUCUAACACACUUCUGUCGAGAACGGCGUUUAAUACGCAACCAGCAGAGACCGCCAUUGCUCUUGAUUCUCCCAUGUCGGUCACGUCCCUUGUGAUGUCUCGAGCUAACCGUUUUAAUAGUCCCGCAAGGUCUACGGCGGAACAAAGGCGACUUGAAAAUAUAUUAAACGGCAGAAUGACUACUAAUAUUCCGUCUUUAAGUUAUUCGGUUGUCUCGCAAUCUCCCAAUGAAAUUGUUAAGACUACUAAGCAUACCUCGACAUCACUAACGUCAUCAAGCCUUCCGCCAAUUUCGUCCGGUCUGAAUUCGGUGAUAUCAAGUAUAAUGCGGAAUGGCCCUGGUAUUCCCGCCCAACACCUUCAGAGAGCCAAUGGUGUCCAGCUCGGUAGUAACUUUGGACUGUCUGGAAGCAAAACGCGUAGUGCUGGUAAGUCCACAACCUCGUCGGAUGGUAAAAUCCAAUUGUCCGGUAUCGGGCCUGGAAACAGUAUUGGAAAUCUUUUGCAGUUGGAUGGGAAUCAGAAUAACGCCAAAGCCGUCAACACCCUGGUAGGAAGUAGUAGCAACCUCAUCACAAGCCGCAAAAAUAAUGAAAAUAUCAUCAGAAGUGGCGUGAACAAUGGAAUUUUUUUCAAUUCUGGGAGUGGUAAUAGAAAAGUCGACAUCACGAGUACGAUGAACGGAAACUCCGGUGGAGGCAACACAGACGUUGUAACGAUUGGUAAGGAAGCGAUAACGGAAGUUGCAAAACAGGCAACUGUUAACGGAGCAACAACCAAAACGAGAACUACACAGACGAGGGACGGCGGCACAGGAGGCAUCCGUAGCUCCACUUCGACUGUUACAACUAGAACCACUAACAGCCCCGGGUCGGCCGCAUUCCACAAAGGCGGUACAUUAGCUAGUAAUGGAGUUUCGUCUAAUGGUUUCCGUUCCACCACGUCAUCAACUACUAUUAUUUCGGGUCGGGAGUCACAGUCAGUUUGUCCGGGGCAAAGCCUAAUGUGUGGUGCCAAGGGCCCUUUCAGCAACACCAUUGGCUCCAAUCUGUGGUGUAUUAACAGCUGCCUCAUAGAUCGGCGCAUGUGCAGAAGUGAAAAGUGUGAAUGUAGCUGCACGCCGACCAUGAGAUAUUAUCAACAGGUGGUCGGUGUUCCAGGAAGCUCUUCAUCAGGAACCAUGUGGAAUAAUGGAGGACGUACACUCACAACAUCGAGCUCAUACCAGACACAAAAGCCAUUCGGAAAAGUUACAACAUUUGGAAAGUCAAGUAGCACAGCGAAACCGUUUGGAUCAGUACAAACAGUAGAGACAUUCAAGACAACCAAAUCUUUCGGGAAUACCAAAUUAUCUGAUUCACGAAAUGGAUUUGGUAAUGGAUUCAGUGGUAGCAACGUCCUAAGUGGAUCUAGAGGUGGAUCAAACAGUGUUCGAAACGUGUCCCCGUCCGGAUCCAGUGAUCGUGGACGAGGAACUUCCGGAGUACAGACGGACACGGGGCUCAUGAAGUGUAAGGGCCGGGGAGCGUUUGAAACAGUAACGGGAAUGGUCUCGUGGUGUGAAACUGAAUGUUCAGCGUCCAUGAAUAUUAACUGCCAUUCCAAUACUUGUAAAUGUUGGUUUGUAACAUGAAUAGGGUAAACAGUGUAAGUAGCGUCCUGUUAUCACCUGAAAGUAAAUCGACAAACAUUCACCGGCAUCGACCAAAAAGGCACCAAGGUGCCAGUUUUAUGAAAACCAAGAACCAUAUUCAUAAAACCGGUCUCAUAGUCAAACUCAGAGUUUGUGUCCUAGCCCCGUUUCCUAUUCCGGUGAAAAAGCAGUAAAAUUUAAUGUUUUAUCAAUAAUUCGGAAGACUUGCAGCCGAAAUUCGUUUUAAAUGUCCAGACUUAUGCAUGUUAAAAGAAGAAGCACAGAGUCCGAGCUUGAGCAUGAUAACGGUUCUGAUGUAAACGUACCCUCCGAUGCCUGGGUGUUGUGUAUAGGCACGAGUUUAGUCCGAUCAUGAUGACCAGUCCUGUUGACCUGCGGUUAUUGAUUACGUGGAUUCUCAGAUAGGGUGUAUAAGGAAUUACAGGCAAAUAUAUUACACAGGGGUUUAAAAAAAGGUGCGGGAAUGUGUUUAUGCAUGUUGUUUAGCUGACAGGGUUACUGACACUCAGUCCAAGUACGUGUAUUUAUAAUUUACUCGAUAAACUUGAACAUCAAUGAUCAAGUGUAUAUACAUACACAGCGGCUGUCACGGUCUGACUAAAAGUCUUAAAAUUUUAUAUAGCCAUCCUCUGCAUUCAUGCAUGUCUCAGUGAAACGGAUUGCUUGGUCAUUACAAUCUCACGUGACCGGUUCAUGCUACAUUUCUAGAAUCUGUUAUCUCUGACAACUGCCGGCACGAGCCGGACACGUGACAUUGCAACCUCAUGUUAAUUCAUGUAGAUAUUUGUAACAUAAUUAUUAUUUCAUUAAAAUUAUUUAUUUUGUUAUA